CUGAGAGCGGCAGUCUGCUCUGAUUCUCCGAGAACCAUGGGAUGGUUUAACUGGUCAAGCUCCGGAAAGUCGACUGAGGAGUCUAACCCCCCGCUGCGGCAAGACCGUCAAAAAUGCUGGGAGACGAGGGACGCUUACUUCGAUUGUCUUGACCGUGCUGGAGUCAUAAAAGCGGGUGAUGAAGGCAACAAAUGCGCGGCUGAGAACGCUGCGUAUCAGGAGAACUGUGCGAAGAGCUGGAUUGAUUAUUUCAACAAGCGGAGGGUACUUGCAGAACAACAAAAGGGGCUCCUGACGACGGCGAAUGUGCAAGCGCAAGAUGCAAAGCGGAGAUGACGAUGUUCGCUACGUGCUAUGUCAAUCCAGACAUUGCAGCAAUCUAUAACCGGAACCACUACAUUUGUGUUCUAUCGAGGGUUCAUUCGAAAUUACCCUUAUGUCACAUUUGUAGCGAGAUAUCCUUUUCAUCGACUUCCGCGUUCUAACGGAAGUUGAACAAUCGAGGAGGGACCAAAUGCUCGCCUUGUUGGCAAGGACCCGUCAUGACAGUUUCUGCUGCAUGUGGUACAAUUCCUUACCUCGUUCAGCUAAACGCUGCUUCUUUAGUUCUCUGUAUAGUUGCAUCUUGAUCUAUGAUAUCUGAAGGCGCUGUCGUUUCUCC